AUGACGAACCCACACCACCACCCUCCGCCCGCGCCCCCGCAGUUUCUGCAGUUGCAGCAUCCCGUCCAGUUCCCCCAGAACGCAUACACCCCACACACUCCCCACCACCACUACCCUCCAUCACAGUUGUCUCCCAGAAACAGCCAUCCGGAAUUGAAGCUCAAGCCCCAUGCAACCCACAACUACACCACGUCGUCGGCGUCGUCCAUCCAGCGGUCCCCCAGCCUCAGUACCCGCAGUAGCUUCAGCAACGGGUCCACCCCCCUAGUAGCGAAGAGAAACUCGUUUUCAGACAGCGUAGCCAUCCCCACGCCAUCUGCCCAUUCGCCCCUGCUCAACAACGAGCAGAUCAUUGAUCUCAUGGAGCGUGAGCAGGAUGCCAUUGUGCUCAAGUUGAUGAAGGAAAUCGAGGCUUUAAAACAGGAAAACAAGACACUCAAAACCAAUGGCGGCUCGCUCAGCCUGGCAUCCUCCGGCUCGGGUUCCACCAUGGUGCGCAGGUCGUCGUCGCUCUCCUCCAACCACCGCAACUCCAUCUCGUCGAUCUCUUCAGGGACAUCGUCCAACCAGCCAGCUGCCACGGGUCCUGGCUCCAACAAGCGCAACAGCGCCUUGUUCUCCAAUUACUCGGUGGCAGCGUCCAGCAACAGCGACGAGAUGUACAAGAAGUUCAAAUCGACACUGAUCGACUCUGUGGAACCACGCGAUCCCAGCCCCACUUCCCGGCAAAAGGCUCGCAGCAGGAACAGUUCCAUCAUGCCUUAUGAUCAGGUUUGCGAGGAAAACAAGCAUUUGCGGCUGGAAUUGGCCCGGCUCAGGCAGGAAAUCGAUGCUCUCAAAAGGUAUAAGGAUAAUUAG